AUGACAGGACAAGGUACAGAGCUUCCUGAUAAAGGAAAAGGGGUAGCAAGGCCUACAAAGAGGAAACGGCAGGCACCAAAGUAUGUACUUAGGGUGCCUGCUAGACUACCUACCCCUGCUCCCGGUAGUUCAUCAUCUGUGGGGCCUCCUCCUACCCCUAGUAUACAGACUCCUACACCAGCAGUAGACCCUACUCCUCCUCCUCAUUCAAGUGGUGAUGCUGAAGAUCUUGACCCGCCCCUCCAUGAUCGACCAUGGAUUGAGCCCUAUGGUAAAGGGUUUAUUCCAUCUAGGGUUGCUUCCCAGGCCAUCACACGUUCAAUAAAGCAACAGUUUUUAACUCCAUGGCCUACUUGGGGAGCAAUACCUCAUGACGACAGAAAGCCAUUCUGGCAGCGCUUUCAGAUGAAGGUGCAGUGGAAACCUGAACAUGAAACUCAGAUACACAGAAAUUUCCACAUGAAAGCAUCUCAUCGGCUGUCAGAGAUGUUUAGGGAUGCCCGGAUUGCAGGACAGCGCCCUAACUGGCUGGGUGAGCACAUUUGGAACUCUUUACUGGCCCAUUGGAAUACAGUAGAGUUCCGCAAUAAGUGUGCCAAAGCCCAGCGGAACAGAGCGUCUGAAAGGGGUGGCACCCUGCAUACUGGUGGGUCGAUCACCAUUCAUGAGCAUGCCAUUCGUAUGGCACAGGCUCUAGGACGGGCGGUCCAUGUUGAUGAGGUCUUUGCACAGACUCACGUCUGGAAGGGAACUAAUCAAUUUGUUGAUGAAAGAUCUCGGAAGACUCAUGAAGACUUUUCUACGAGACUUUCACAGGUUAGAUCUGAACAUGAGUCAGCUCCUACACCGGAUGAUGCCAGUAAUGCAGAUGAUGACAUCCGUAGGACGCAGUGCUGGAUCGACACCGUUGGUGGGAAGAAAAAGGGACGAGUCUAUGGUGCGGGACAGCUUGCUGCAAACUAUACAGCAUCCAAAGGAGGUACUCUGAAGCACCAGCCUUCUUCUUCCACCAGUACUCCUGACGAGGUUCUUCAACUCAGGCGGGAACUCCAUGAACGUGACCAGGAGCUCACUGAUCUCAGAGCAGAGUUUACAAAUUUGAAGGCCCUGGUCAUGACUGUCUUGCCUCAAACCUCACAGGACGUACAAAAUAUCCCUCCCACCCAAUCACGACCUUCCUCAUUACCUGCUGCCACUCAACAGCCCACUUCAGUCUGGGUUGCAGAGGGAAAACCAUUUUUCUGA